AUGGAGCCUAUUAUACAUAAAGUAAAUAACACAUUUGAAUCUUUAAAAGCACUUGAAAGUGUAGCUAAUUUAGCUACUAAGGUUAAUAAGUUUGCUUUCUCAAGAAUAGAUAGUAAUCUUAUAGAAUGCAGAGAUAAAUUACCUUUUAUUAUUUUGCAAUAUAUCAAAGAUGGAGAAUGGCCAAUAUGUGUUGCCAAAUGUCCUGAAGCUCUUAUUGUAGAUUCAACUUACAAAACAAAUAUUUGUAAGUACUCUUUUGUUAGUGCUAUUAGUAUUAACAAUAUAAGCAAUAAAAAAGGUAUAUUGGUAUUAUACCAAAUUGCAAUAGCUUGGAUAGAGAAUAAAAGCAAGACAUUAUAUAUAUGGCUUUUGCAAACACUUUAUUUCAAUAUUUAUGAUGCAUAUAAUUGUCUGCCAAAUGUUUUUAUAUCUGAUAGAGAUCAGGCAUUACAAAAUGCUGCAGCUAAAAUGUUUUUACAAUUGAACGAAAUGCUGUGUUUGGUAUCUUUUAAAGCAAAACCUAAAACUAAUUGGCACAAACUUUUUGAAAAUGACAAUAAUUAUGAAUUAUUUAAAAAAGAAGUUAAGGCUCUUCAUUUUACUUCCAAUAAAAAAAAUUUCUAA